AUGUCUUGCUUCCUUGUUCGUAAACACCUACAUCGUUAUCCCUCUCCUAUUCGUAUUUUUUUCUAUCUCUCUCUCUAUCUCUCUUGCUCUCUUUCACACUAUCUAUCUAUCUAUCUAUCUAUCUAUCUAUCUAUCUAUCUGUCUACAUUUUUAUUUUUAACCCAUCUACUUUCUCUCAUGUUCUGUUUCCUUGUUCAUAAACCAUUACAUCGUUACCGCCCUGGUCCCCCCCCCUCUCUCUCUCUCUCUCUCUCUCUCUCUCUCUCUCUCUCUCUCUUCCUCCUACACUAUUAUUUCUCUCUCUUUAUCUUUCUCGCUCUAUCUAUCUAUCUAUCUAUCUAUCUUCCCCCCCCUCUCUCUCUCUCUCUCUCUCUUAUCUAUAUUUCUCUCUCUUUAUCUUUCUCGCUCUAUCUAUCUAUCUAUCUAUCUCCUUUUAUUCAGAUCUAUCUAUCUAUCUAUCUAUCUAUCUAUCUCCUCAUGUUUUUAAUUGAAAAUAUACUCGCAUUCGUUGUGUUCUAUCUAUCUAUCUAUCUAUCUAUCUAUCUAUCUAUCUAUCUAUCUAUCUAUCUAUCUCAUUCUAUGCAGAUCUAUCUAUCUAUGCCCAUAGACUAUAUUUUACUGAUAUUAUUCUUUAUCUAUCUAUCUAUCUAUCUAUCUAUCUAUCUAUCUAUCUAUCUAUCUAUCUAUCUAAAUGAUUCACUCACCUUAACUCUCUCUCUCUCUCUCUCUCUCUCUCUCUCUCUCUCUCGCUCGCUCGCUCUCUCUAUCUGUCUGUCUUUUCCAUCAUUCCUUCCUUUUUUCAUUUCUGUCUAUGUAUCUAUCUACCUCAGUCUGAUAGAUAUAUAA